AUGACGGGGAACCUCGGGGCUCGGAUAUUGGAGAAGGCGGGCGUGAGGGCGCAGGACGCCCUCAAGAAGGUGAACGAGUUUGCGGAGAAGCAGCCCAAGGUCUUCACUGGCGGCAACGCGGUUCCGGCAAACACCGCAGGGCGCAGCCUGGUCGCGAUGAUCCGGGACGCGAACAAGAUCUCCACGGAGAUGAAGGACAAGUAUUUAUCGGUGGAGCACCUCAUGUUGGCUUACGCUCGCGACCAGCGAAGCGGUCAGAGACUUAUCCUUGAAUUGGGCCUGAGUGAAGAGAAGCUCAGGGAUGCCGUCAUGGACAUCCGGGGCGACAAGACGGUGCAGACCCAGAACCCAGAGGCGACGUACGAAGCGCUUUCAUUGUACGGCACCGACGUCACCGCCAUUGCGCGUGCUGGAAAGAUUGACCCGGUCAUCGGUAGGGACGAGGAGAUCCGACGCGUGAUCCAGAUCUUGGCACGCCGUUCAAAGAAUAACCCAGUCAUCAUAGGCGAGCCCGGCGUCGGGAAGACGGCGAUCGUGGAGGGCCUCGCCCGCAGGAUCAUCGAAGGGGACGUGCCGCAAGCUCUCCAGGACAAGACCGUGUUCUCGCUGGACAUCGGCAGCAUGGUCGCAGGUGCGAAGUACCGGGGCGAGUUCGAGGAGAGGCUGAAGGCGGUGCUGAACGAGAUCAAGCAGGCUGAGGGGAAGAUCAUUUCUUUCAUCGACGAGAUCCACACCAUCGUGGGGGCCGGCGCGGGCGGCAGCGGCGCGAUGGACGCGGGCAAUCUGCUGAAGCCGCUGCUGGCUCGGGGCGAGCUGAAGUGCAUCGGUGCCACCACGUUGGACGAGUACCGGAAGUACAUCGAGAAGGACGCGGCGUUGGAGAGGCGUUUCCAGCAGGUGUUCGUUGCUGAGCCGAAAGUGCCCGAUGCAGUCAGUAUUCUGCGAGGGCUCAAGUCGCGGUACGAGCUUCAUCACGGUGUUCGUAUCAAUGACCGCGCCCUCGUCGCCGCGGCGAUGCUGAGCGACAGGUACAUCACCGAGCGCUUCCUGCCCGACAAGGCCAUCGACCUCAUGGACGAAGCGUGCUCGAAAGUGAAGAUGGAGCUGACCUCCAAGCCCGCAGACCUCGAGAGGAUGGACCGCCGCAUCCUGCAGCUCGAGAUGGAGCGCGUCAGCGUCAGCAACGACAAAGACGCCCAGUCUUUGCAGCGCCUGGACACUAUCGACUCCGAGCUGGAAACCCUCAAAGCCGAUCAGGCGAAGGCUGAGGACGAGUGGGUCAAGGAGCGCGAGAAGGUGAGCAAGCUAACCGAAGUGCGCCAGCUGGUCGAGGACCUGGAGAACCAGCUGGCGGAGGCGGAGCGCAGCUACAACCUGACGCGCUCCGCCGAGAUAAAGUACGGCGAGCUCGCUCCCCUGAAGAAGCAGCUGGAGGAGAUGGAGGCGUCGGCGGAGGGCGAGAGCAGCGCGGAAGUCACGGAGUCGGACAUCCUGCAGGUCGUGGCGAUGCAGACGGGAAUCCCGCUGGACCGCAUGUCCAUGGGCGACAAGGAGCGGCUGAUGAAUCUCGAGGCAGAGCUGCACAAUCGCCUCAUCGGCCAAGAUGACGCCGUCCGCGCCGUGGCAGAGGCGAUUCAGCGCUCGCGCUACGGCAUGAGCGACCCGAACAGGCCGAGCGCGUCGUUCCUGUUCCUGGGGCCCACAGGCGUGGGCAAGACGGAGCUGGCGAAGUCGUUGGCUGAGUGGCUGUUCGACAGCGAGGACUCUCUCAUCCGCAUCGACAUGAGCGAGUACAUGGAGAAGUUCGCCGUCUCCCGGCUCACGGGCGCGCCGCCGGGGUACGUGGGCUACGAGGAGGGCGGGCAGCUGACGGAGCCCGUCAGGCGGAGGCCGUACUGCGUGGUGCUGUUCGACGAGAUGGAGAAGGCCCACCCGGACGUGUUCGGGGUGCUGCUCCAGCUGCUGGACGACGGGCGGCUGACGGACUCGCAGGGCCGCACCGUGGAUUUCAAGAACACGAUCAUCAUCAUGACGUCCAACGUGGGGAGCGAGGCCAUCGCGGAUCUGGGCUUGGAGCUGGACGGCGAGGAUGCCGCGCAGAAGGAGGCAGAAGUGGCCGACGCUGUGCGCGAGGCCAUGGCCAACGUCUUCCGCCCCGAGUUCCUGAACCGCAUCGACGACAGCAUCAUCUUCCGCCCUCUUGGACGGGCGGACCUGAAGCAGAUCGCGGGCCUGCAGCUGAAGCGCGUGCAGAAACGCCUGGACGAGCGCAGCAUCCAGCUCGAGGUGACCGACGCUGCCCUGGACGUCAUCGCGGAGCGCGGCUACGAUCCCACGUUCGGCGCGCGCCCCAUCAAGCGCUCGAUCGUGGCGAACGUCGAAACGCCGAUGUCGAAGAAAGGCCUCUCCGGGGAGAUUCUGGACGGUGACUCGGUCAAGAUAGACAAGGGCCCCGACGGUGAGCUGACAUACACCGCGAGCAGGCCCGCGGCCGCCAGCUCCAGUGGGGGGAUCAUGUCUGCGUUCUCCGCGGCCAUGGGGAGAAAACCUGGAGACGCAUCUGACUAG